GGACGCCACCCCCCCGCGGAGACAUGAGGCUCAGCCCGUGGGCCGCCCUGGCCUUGGGGCUGCUGCUCCUCAGCCUCGCCCAAGCCAACUUCGCGCCUCACUUCUUCGACAACGGGGUCGGCAGCACCAAUGGAAACAUGGCUCUGUUCAGUCUCCCAGAGGACACCCCUGUAGGCUCUCACGUGUACACCCUGAAUGGGACAGACCCCGAGGGAGAACCGGUCUCCUACCACAUCAGCUUUGACCCCAGUGCCAGGAGCGUCUUUUCUGUAGACCCCGCUUUUGGAAACAUCACUCUGGUGGAAGAACUGGACAGAGAGAGGGAGGAUGAGAUUGAAGCCAUCAUCAGCAUUUCGGACGGACUGAAUCUGGUGGCAGAAAAAGUCACGGUCUUGGUGACGGAUGCCAACGACGAGGCACCCCAGUUCAUCCAGGAGCCGUACGUUGUCUUGGUCCCCGAGGACACACCUGCUGGGAGCAGCAUCUUUAAGGUCCGUGCAGUGGACAAGGACACAGGCUCUGGAGGGAGUGUCACCUACUUCCUGCAGAAUCUGCAUCCCAGCAAAUUUGCUGUGGACCACCACAGUGGUGUGCUGCGCCUGCAGGCUGGGGCCACCCUGGACUACGAGAAGUCCCGGACCCAUUUCAUCACCGUGGUCGCCAAGGAUGGUGGGGGCAGGCUCCGUGGGGCCGAUGUGAUGUUCUCAGCCACUGCCACGGUCACGGUCAACGUGGAGGAUGUUCAGGACACGGCCCCUGUCUUCGUGGGCACACCCUACUAUGGCUACGUGUAUGAGGACACCCUCCCGGGCUCUGAGGUGCUGACAGUGGUGGCCAUGGAUGGCGAUCGGGGCAAUCCCAACCGUGUCCUCUAUAGCCUCGUGAACGGAAGCGAGGGAGCCUUUGAAAUUAACGAGACAUCUGGAGCCAUCUUCCUCACACAGAGCCCUGCCCAGCUGCAGAGAGAGAUGUAUGAGCUGUAUGUGCAGGUCACUGAGAUCAGCUCUGCAGGGAGCCCAGCUGCCCAGGCCAUGGUCCCCGUCACCAUCAGGAUUGUGGACCUCAACAACCACCCACCGACAUUCUAUGGAGAGAGCGGGCCCCAGAACAGGUUUGAGCUGUCCAUGUAUGAGCAUCCGCCGCAGGGGGAGAUCCUGCGGGGCCUCAAGAUCACCGUCAACGACUCCGACCAGGGAGCCAAUGCCAAAUUCAACUUGCGGCUGGUGGGCCCAGGAGGCAUCUUCCGAGUGGUGCCACAGACGGUCCUGAAUGAAGCCCAAGUCACCAUCAUAGUGGAGAACUCAGCUGCCAUUGACUUUGAGAAGUACAAAGUGUUAGCCUUCAAGCUCCUGGCCGUGGAAGUGAACACCCCAGAGAAGUUCAGCUCCACAGCAGAUGUUGUGAUCCAGCUCCAGGACACCAACGACAAUGACCCCAAGUUCACCUCCCACUACUACAUUGCCAGGAUCCCCGAGAAUGCCCCAGGGAGCACCAACGUGGUGGCUGUCACAGCAGUGGAUCCAGACACAGGUCCUUGGGGCGAAGUCAAAUACUCCAUCUAUGGGACUGAGGCAGACCUGUUCCUGAUCCACUCAUCCACUGGGCUUAUCUACACCCAGCCCUGGGCCAGCCUGGACGCCGAGGCCACUUCCAGGUACAACUUCUAUGUGAAGGCAGAGGACACGGAGGGAAGGUACAGUCUGGCCGAGGUGUGUGUCACUGUGCUGGACGUCAAUGACCACUACCCCCAGUUUGGAAAGAGCAUCCAGGAGAAGACAAUGGUGCUGGGGACCCCCGUGAGGAUUGAGGCCAUAGACCAGGAUGCAGAGGAACCCAACAACCUGGUGGACUACUCCAUCACCCAUGCCGAGCCGGCCAAUGUAUUCGACAUUGACGCACACACAGGGGAGAUCCGGCUCAAGAACUCCAUCAGCUCCUUGGAUGUCCUGCACAACAUCACUCCCAGCGGGGAGGACUGCACGUGGUCCCUGGAGGUGCAGGCCAAGGACCGCGGCUCACCAUCCUUCAGCACCACGGCCUUGCUCAAGAUUGACAUUACAGACACGGAGACGCUGUCCCGAGAUCCCAUGGCUGCCUUCCUGAUACAGACCAAGGACAACCCCAUGAAAGCUGUGGGUGUGCUGGCCGGCAUCAUGGCCAUCGUCGUGGCCAUCACCAUCCUCAUCUCCACCGCCACCUUCUGGCGCAACAAGAAAUCCAACAAGGUCUUGCCUGUGCGGCGUGUGAUCCGCAAGCGGCCCAGCCCUGCGCCCCACGCUGUCCGUGUCGAGUGGCUCAAGUCCAGGAAGGCCAAAGCUGCAACCAAGUUCAUGCUCAAGGAGGAUCCUCCCAAUGAGAGCGACGACAACCACGGCCCAGUUAGCUCACUGCCCCCUAGAGCUCCAGCUCUGCCUCCGCCUCCCAGUAUGGCACCCGACACAGGUGCAGCCCACUGGACAGUGCCUACAGUCUCUGGAUCCCUGACCCCCCAGCAACCUCAACAAUCACCACCAGAACCCAAGGCCUCGGGGAGCCCCAUCCGGUCAACUCUGGUCUCUGAGCUCAAGCAAAAGUUUGAGAAGAAGAGUAGGGACAACAAGGCUUACUUCUAGACUCUGUCUUGAAGUCUCCUCUCCCCCCAACUCUGUCCACUCUGCUACUGUGUCCUCACAUCCCGCUCCAGAAAGUUACCCCUGUUUUGUACAAUGCUGUGACACCCUCCCCCCCCCCCCUUAUACAGGGCUCUAGACAGGGCCUUGGGCAGACAAUUUCUUGAGCAACGGGAUCCACUUGACAAAUACUAGCCUAUUCCCUAAAUCCUGGACACAGCUACAAUGAUCCCUAUCCCUUAGAGACUGGGAAUUGACAAGGAGCAUCUCCUACUCACUCACCAACCCCAAACCACCCAGACCCUCGUGUCCCGCUGGGAUCUGAAUAACAUUAACCAAGGGGCAGGGUCAGGGCUGCCUAGGACAAGGCCAACUGCCGCCCAGAUCCUGAAACACAGCUAGGGGAAGAGCAGGCAAUGGGGGUCCAGCCCUGCAUAAGGCUGGAGGUGAGUGAGCCCUGCAGCCACAGGAGAGCAAAUGCAGGCAAAGGGAGGGGAAGGAAGCAAUGAAAAUUUGUGCAGAUUGCAGGACCGUGCCUGAAGCUGUGAGCACAGGGAGGCAGUGUACAUGGGGAGAGAUGGCAGGCUCCUGUUGUGCCCGUGUGGGACCAGGGACUCAGAGGCAUGAGAUGGGCCUCCAGUUGGGAAGACCCUGAGCCCAGAAAUUGUCUGAGCUGGAACCACAGUGGUAGCCCCAGAAGCAUCUGGAAGAGCAUCAGGGGCCCUCUGUGAGAGUGCAAAGUGGCAAGAAAGCAACGUGGUUCCUGCAGACCAGCCUCUGGGUGCAGCUCCUCCAAGGACACAUCAGGAGCCUCGCUGCUGCUCUGCAGAGUGCCCGCCAGAAGCGCUGGGCUGGGUGUGGGAGCUGCCACAGGUCCUCAGUAGUCAGAGCUGGCUGCUGACUUGGCUUGAACCACACAUCUCCCAUUCCAUUCUCCUCUCACCACCCCAUGCCACUGUCAGAGAGAACCGGACUGCACAGCAGCACCCAGUCCAAGGCUCUGCUUCACUGAGUUCCCAAGAGAGGAGUGGUUUGCCUGAGGCUGCGCAACAGGUGGGUAGCAGGGAUGGAGUCUGAGCAUUCGAGGCUCCUGGGCGUGUCCCUCCAGCCAGGGCUCUCAUCCUUGGUGUGUGCCAGUCUCCCCAGGACUGAAAUCACCCAGCGCCUCCCCUGAAGGACCCUGCUAUAAGGAGAUCCAGCUGUGUCCACAGAUAGACAAGUGGACUGGUUCUUUGCAUUUUGCCUGCUCUCGCUGAAAACCUGUCUAGGAUGCAUCGGAUUUUUAUGCGAGCAGCUUCUAUGCACGUGUGUUCUUCCUGGUUUCUGAGUCUGUGUUUGGAGGGGUUACUCAGGUGUGCCAGUGUGUAGACCCCCUGCCAGGUGUCUGCAUUUCCCAGCCCAGAUGGUAUUGACUGAGAGGUGUCAGCAGACACAGGUGCUUUGCAGCCAGAGUUUCAGGAGAGGCUGUGGUGCAUCAGGCAUGGCUGCUGCAGGGAACGCAGCAUCCUUAGGACUUGCAUGCAGUCAACAGAACAUCUUGUGUGAAUGGCAAAUAAAAUCCGUUCA